UGUCAUGUAGCCACGCCCCCAACACACACAGCAGCUCCUUCCUGGACCUCCUGUUAUCAGCACUGUGGAGACGCUGGGGAGAUGAAAGCAGUCUCAAUUAACAAACUAUGUUGAUUAACUGCUGUGCAGGCCAAAGGGAAUGAAGGAAUGGUGGAUUCAGGUUGGGCUGCUUACUGUUCCUCUCCUUGCUGUGUAUCUGCACAUUCCUCCACCCAAUCUUUCCCCAGCACUCUUCGCAUGGAGGUCAACUGGUGCAUUUUUCACAUACCAAGAGCAACGGAUCUUCUAUAGAGAAUCUUGGGGAGCUGUAGGGAGCUCCGACGUGGUCAUUCUUUUACAUGGUUUUCCAACAUCAAGCUAUGACUGGUAUAAGAUCUGGGAAGGGUUAACGCAAAGAUUCCAAAGAGUGAUUGCUCUGGACUUUAUAGGAUUUGGUUUUAGUGACAAGCCGAGGUUCCACCGCUAUUCCAUUUUUGAACAGGCCAGUAUCGUAGAAGCACUGAUCAGUCACCUUGGCCUGAGAGAGCAAAAAGUGAACGUACUGUCUCACAAUUAUGGAGAUACUGUCGCCCAGGAACUACUUCAUAGGUAUGAACGCAGAAGGACAGGACACAUUAACAUUGGGAGCCUGUGUCUCUCUAAUGGAGGAAUCUUCCCAGAGACGCACCACCCUAGAUUUAUACAGAAGGUGCUGAAAGAUGGUGGGAUUUUUUCGCCAAUACUAACCAGGCUGAUGAACUUCUAUUUCUUUAGUAAAGGAAUAAGCGAAGUGUUUGGUCCUUUUACACAGCCCUCAGAUGCUGAAUAUUGGGAUAUGUGGACAGCUCUGAGGACCAAUGAAGGCAACCUAGUGGUAGACAGUAUUUUGCAGUAUAUAAACCAGCGCAGAAAGCACAGGGAUCGCUGGGUAGAAGCGCUGACCAAUACAUCCGUUCCUUUGCAUCUAAUAUAUGGACCACUGGAUCCUGUCAACCCCUAUCCAGAGUUCUUGGACCAAUAUAAGAAACUGAUUCCAAAGUCAACUUUCACAGUUCUUGAUGAUCACAUCAGUCACUACCCUCAGGUGGAAGAUCCCACUGGUUUCCUGAAUGCCUAUCUAAACUUUAUCAAUUCAUUCUGACCACGGGAAUAUAACUUUUUUUUCUUUGGGCAGCUUGACUGACAUUGAUCUUCAGAUGACACAUGGAACUGUCUUGUUUAUUUUUUUCAAGAAAAACAACAAAGCAAUAUUAUUAAUUACAUGUGUCUUUUUGUUUUACCCUGGAGCAAUCAUCGUCUCUGCAUCCAAAUUCCAGCAGUAACCACAACAAGAUAUCUCAGGGCUGUCUGUUUGUCAUUGUACAGUAUCUGCAGGUCCUACCAGUCACUGCAUUCUUUUAUUUCCCUACUACAAGUUUGCACUUUGAUCAAGUAUGUACAAUGGAAUUUUCCAAAUCCUUCUCCUGGUAUGUUAUUCUCUGUCAGAGCAAGGCAUAUUGCAGGUUUCAAAUCCAAUCUGUGGUUUUAAAAUCAUUGUUUCUUAUUUGUGAGAUGAUUUGGAACAGUAUGUAGGUUAUUAAUGAGUGCAGUAUGAAGCAGGUUUGUAGCCUCUUUCUAUUGUAGGAAAUCACGUUUUACUGUGUCUGCACAGUGCAAUAAAAAGAAGGGCUGCCAUUUUAAGAAGACCUUAAGCUGCCAUUUUCUACAUAAUAAAAUUGUAUUU